AAGAGAAAGCGAAAUGGCUAGGAUCAACGCCUACUCUAAGCUCUUUCUAGCUGUUCUCUUCUGUUUCCUCCUUGCUAGUGCGGAAAUAGUUGCCGCGAAGAAACUAUGCGAGCGCAAAAGCAAGACAUGGUCUGGGGCGUGUAUUAUGUCAAAGAACUGCAAAAAAGAGUGCAAGAAGAAGGAUCAUGCUGAAACAGGAGAAUGCCAUUCAGUGAAUAUCUUCAACCGUCAAUGCUUCUGUCAUUUCAAGUGCUGAAGAUCGACUUAGACAUAUAUAGUGCCAGACCUAAAUAAUCAUUUUUCUUCUUAUUAUGUAAAACCAACUAUAUAUUUUUAUCAUGAUAAGAAGUAUUAUUAAUUCAAACCCAAUUAAGAAGUGUAUUUUGUUUGGGUAUGUGAUGUGUAUGGUCAUCAAAGUUGUGUUUGGUCA